AUGGCCCCCUCCUCCUCCAAAUCGCCCGACCUCAAACCUCUGUUCCCCUCCUAUCUCCUUCCCGCGUUCAAGCUGCCCUUUAUCCGCCGUCCUCGCCAGCCGAGCACAUCCAACACCUCCGACAUCCCCUCGCUCAGCAGCUCGCCAACGUCCUCCGCCCCAAGCUCAGCAGCCGGCUCGCCGCCAUCCUCGCUGCCCGAGCGCUUCGGCCCCAGCAACCCCAUCAUCGGCAGCACCGCCGCCAGCAGCACAGCGAGGCGCCUCUCCCGCACAAACCCCGACACCCUCCGCUGCUCCACCUGCGCCUCCGACAUUGCCUUUGCCGCCCAGAUCGUCAGCAAGGGCUUCACGGGCCGCUACGGCCGCGCCUACCUCGUCGCGCCCCUGAGCCCCACGGCCCCGUCCCCGUCCUGCUCCGCCCCGCCGGCUGCGACCCCUGUCCGCGACCUCCUCAACGUCCGUGUCGGCCGCUCGGAGAACCGCCAGCUCGUCACGGGCUGGCACGUCGUCGCCGACAUCACCUGCGCCGUGUGCCACGCCAAGCUCGGCUGGAAAUACGUCGACGCCCGCGAGGAGGCGCAGAAGUACAAGGUCGGCAAGUUCAUCCUCGAGACGGAGCGCGUCGUCGGCUUCAAGCGCUGGGAGGACGUGCAUGACGACGCCGACGCUGUCGUCGGGGGCGGGGUGCUUGAGGGGCCUGCGUCCCGGCCUCGGUCCACGCGUGCUGAUGACGACAAUGACGACGACGACGAGCAGAAGAAGGGCGUGACACCGGAUGACGUUGUUUUCGACUCGGAUGAUGAGGACGAGUGCGAGGAUAUCUUUGCCGGCACGUGGGAUCCUGUUGUUGUGGCUAAGAGGAGGGGCCGCAAGGCAUCCGCUGGCAAGUGA